UUUAAGCUGGUUGCAAACCGCCAAUAAACCCGGAAAACGAAGAAGAAGAAGGAAACCGAAGACAAGCAGCAGAACGAAAAAAAACACGAUUUCGCUGUUGGAAGCUUAACAGUGUAACACCCAGCGGAAGUAAACAACACGGGAGCUAGCCGCGUUAGCUGGUUGGUGUCCUGUGCUCGGAAGAAGUCUCUCAACAGGACACGGAGACAUCUUACUUAUAAUUAAACAACAAUGUCUUCAGUUGAGUGUUUACGAGAGUUAAUGAACGAGCGACUAACUGCUGCUGCUGAAGAAAUAUUCCGAGUUUUUCAGGAAACUAUCUCAGAGUACGAGAAAGAGAUCGACCGUCAGCGCAUAUUGCUGGACAUCGUUUGGAAACCCGAAAUAAAAUUACACAGAACAGAGCUCCCACAGCAACAUGUCUGUAAGGAGGAGGAGGUUCUCGCUGACCAGCAGCUCUGUAACCAGGAGAGGAACUCCAGUCUGGACCAAGAUGACCCAGAGCCUCCACAGAUUAAAGAGGAACAGAAGGAACUCUGCAGCAGUCUGGAGGGAGAACAGCUGGUGCUGAAGCAGGAGACGGAAACCUUUAUGUUGACUCCUACUUGUGAUGAAAGUGAAGAUCAGACUCUGGACUUGAGUCCUGAUGAAACUCAGAGUGAAGCAGAGGAAGAGCAUGUUGUCAGCAUGUCAGUUCAAAGUUCAGUGGAACCAGAACCAAACAGUGACGACCAGCUGUUCUCUCACAACUCUCAUGUAGCUGAGAGCCAAGAUCACAAAAGAGGCAAAUCUGGAGACUCAGGAUUAACUAGAAAAGCAGAGCCAAAACUAAAGAAGAGACAUCACAGAAGAAGAAAUCAUGCUAACAAUGAAAACAAUUCUACCAAAUUAAAGAUUCACAGUAAUACUGAUACAGGGAAAAAGUCCUUAAAGUGUGACACUUGCGGGAAAUCUUUUAAGUGGAACACCAAUUUGCAAACACAUCUGAGAACACACACAGGUGAGAAGCCAUACGCCUGCAACACCUGUGGAAGAAGAUUUAAUGACAUGACAACAGUGAAAAGGCAUAAAAGAACCCACACAGGAGAGAAACCAUACCCAUGUAACAAUUGUGAUAAAAGAUUCUCUCGGCUGGGCACAUUAAAUGUGCAUAUGAGAAGCCACACAGGUGAGAAACCAUACCCAUGUAACACUUGUGUGAAAAAAUUCUCUGAGCUGGGCGCAUUAAAAGUGCAUAUGAGAAUCCACACAGGUGAGAAACCAUACCCAUGUAACACCUGUGAGAAGAAAUUCUCUCAACCGGGCACAUUAAAACAGCAUAUGAAAAUCCACACAGGUGAGAAGUCCUACAAUUGCAAAACUUGUGGGAAAGAGUUCAGACUUAGACAUCACUUGAAGAUCCACAUGAGAAGUCACGCAGGUGGAGAAGAUUGAGUCAGAUGUCAGAUUUGAAAAGACACGUCAGAAUUAAUUCAGGCAAGAAGCUGCAUAAUUACAAAAUAUAAGGGAGAGCUUUGUGGUGACUUACCGCCACACAUCAACAUUUUUUUCAGGGAACAUAUUUCCAGAACAGGUAUUCACAUGCAAUUAAAGACCAGACAUUGGUAUUAACUCAAUAAGGCAACACAGCUAAAGAAAUCAUAAGAUUCCAAUCAGUAAAAAAAAGUAAAUGUGUUAAAUUGGAUUGACACAGGAAAAAAUUAUUCAACAUGCUAACUGCAAUACUUGGUGGAGAAGCCUUUGUUUGCAAUGACGGCUUCAAGACGCUUCCUGUUCGAGGAAACUAAUCUCUCACAAUGUUCAGAGGGGGAUUUUGGCCCAUUCUUCUAAGUAGACAGUCUUCAAAUAUUGAAGAUUCUGAGAGGGGCUGCUGGUCAAUCUUUAUCUUCAGUUCCUUCCAUAAAUGUUCUAUUGGGUUCAAGUUGGGUGAUUGACUGGGCCAUUCCAACACCUUUAUUUUAUUUCUCUGGAACCAGAUGAGAGUCUCCUUUGCAGUAUGUUUUGGAUCGUUGUCCUGUUGGAAGGUCCAUCUGCGUCUCAUCCUCAUUGUCCUGGUGGACAGCAACAGAUUCUUCUCAAGAAUAACCCGAUACAUAGCUCCAUUCUUCUUCCCUUCAAUAAUUUAGAUUCUGCCAGUACCAUGAGAAGAGAAACAGCCCUGUACCAUAAUGCUUCCACCUCUGAACUUCACUGUAGGUAUAUUUAGGGUCAUAUGCUGAGCCAUUUCUCCUCCAAACAUGGCACCUAGUGUUAUUGCUAAAUAUUUCCAUUUGUGUCUCGUCUGACCACACCACAUUCUUCCAGUAAUCUACAGGCUUCUCCAAAUGUUGUGUCGCAAACUUCAAACAAGCUUCAACAUGUCUUUUCUUCAGUAAUGGAGUCUUACGGGGUAGUUGUGUAUGGAAACUGUGGCGGUGGAGUGCAUUGUCUGUUGUUUUCUUCUUUCUCCAUUGUGACAAUUGUACCUGCUUCUUCCAGAUCCUUCUGUAGCUCUUUUUGGAGUGGUCCUUGGAUCUUGUGCUACUCUUCUGACUAAUUUUCUUACUGCCCAGUCAGCAGUCGUUGAUGGUUGAGUGUUGAUUCUUCCACUUGCGGUUGAUGAUGGUGCUUACCGGAUCAUUUAGGAAUUGAGGAAUCAGUCGGUAACCUGCGCCAUUCCUAUUGUAAUGGCAAUUUUUCUUUUUUCCAGUUGCCAUCAAUACACAGGUAGGCUAGAAGUGAUCUUGCGCAGACCCAAACAACAGAUUUUCCAGUCAGUAGUUGUUGUUUAUUGAGGCAGUUAUACAAAGCAAUGCACAUACCAGUUUGUUUCCUGUUCUGCCAGCUCGAAUGUGUUGCUCUGUUUCUGGUCUGGUGAGAACUGUUUGUGCUUCCCCUACCUGUACCUCCUGUUUCCUGCCACCUUUGCCCCCCUAUAUAUACAACCCUGUGCAUCUAAUGACCGCCACCCAGUGUCAAAAAUAAUACUGCAAGAUAUAUCUAGCCAAAAUGACAUGCCAACAAUCAACAUAAAUCGCUCCUACACUCUUGUUUCGAAGGUUUUGGGAGAGCUCUUUGCCUCUACCCAUCAAGAGAUGGUUCUUGCCUGACAGCUUGGUAGAAAAUUAUGUAUAUAUUGUAUUGAUAUAUUGUAGAACUAACACAGCUGAUUCUAAUUAGCACAGGUAAGAGAACUAAUUAGUGGAUCCACUUGGUUCAGUGCUUUUUCUUACUGUAUGUUCAAUACUUUUUUCCUGUGUCAUUACAAUUUAAUGCAUUUUUUAUUGAUUGGAAUGUUAUGAUUUCGUUAGCUGUACUGCAUUAUUGAGUUAAUACCAAUGUCUGGUAUUAAUAUCAUAUGAAUAGCUGCACUGGAAAUAUGUUUUAAUGGAAAAAAGAGUUGACGUGUUGAAUACUUAUUUCCCCCUCUGUAUGCCUGAAUUGGAAAAGCAUAGAAGAGUCCACACACUAGUAGCCUUGUAUUUGUGAAACUUUCCAGAGGAUUCGGUCGUGAUUAUGGAUAAAACACACAAGAACACAUAAUGGCAGCACAUGUCAACAAAAACAAUCCAUAAACAGGACAAACAAUUGAGCUGAAACCGCUGUAAGCAAGUGUUCACCAAUAUCUUUGUAAAUGAAUGUAAAAUAUUCUCCAUGAAGACGAGGUCAGAAUAUCUUCAUGUAAGUUGUACAUUGUCGACGACGAAUGUAUUUUCUUUUUUUCUGUUUUCAUACAGAACCUCAGCUAUGUGAGUGUAUUGUGAGAUCUCUGAUGUUGAAACAGAGAAACUCUAGAGGUGUUGGCUCACUGAAGUUUUCAUACUUCAGACUGAAGCCUUUUUGUCUGCAGUGUUUAAUCAUUUUUAUGUAUUUUGUGAUCAGUUUAACUUGAGAGAAAGUUGAAAUAAUUUGUUUGCUGCUUUAGAGAUGACACACUGAUUGCAGAUGAUUUACUUCAUGGUGUUGUCAACAUAUUUUAUGAACAAUAAAAUAUUUUUUCAUGA